GUGGUUCAGGUGGGGUGAUGUACUCCUCACUCUGUUAUGUAAUCCAGUGAACUAUGUGGUGAAGGAAUUCCUAUAUGUAUAAACUCGGUUGAAAAUGAAACUGUGAUAUUCGUGCCAUUUGAUAAAAUAUUUAAAUAUGUUUUAGAAAAAAAAUAUCCAUUGGGUUAAUAUAUGAAGAUGGAAAGAAAUUAAGUAAGAUAUUCCGUCAUCCGAUAUUUUUAGCUACAAGAGUGAACACAAAAGUGCUUUGUAAGUUUAGAUAACAUGUUUGCUUGUGAUUUACGCGAAAGUAAGCAGCUUAUACUAGCAGAGUUAGACACUACUGGCAGGAGACAUCGCAUGCGCCUGACUCCAGAAUACAUUUAAAAUCCGGAUUCAUAUACCGCAAUAUUCACAGGCUCUGGAAAGAGCAUGUUCAGUGACGCUGACUGUUAAUGCUAGAGAUAUAUAAGUACACACCUCUCCAUUUUUUUGCUCUACCGCUCACAUGAUGAGCUCGGGUUGCACCAUAAACUAAUUACAUAGGCGGCCCAGCUAGCCUUUCCAGAUAUUUGUAAUAGCCGUGGUCGCCCCUUGACAAUAACCAAUUGAUAAUAAGCAUUCUGUCUGGAAACUUUAAUGUGCCAAAACUUACUAAAUGAUAUCCGGCUGUGAUCUGCACGACGGUAAAACUGUCCACACAAUGACUUGCUGCAGCGUUAUAGUAUUUCUUUACAUUUUUAACAAGUAAUUUUUCUUGAGAUGCGGUUACUCUCAAUCUAAUUUCCUCAUCAUCGACAAAAGCUGAGUGUCUCUACGAUGCGUAAAUAGAUUUACGCACCAACCAUGGAAAAUCGACGGAAAACAUUCAGCAUGAUUUACAGGACAACAACAUCAAUACAACCGUCAGGCAAAAACAGUAAUGACUUGGAGAGUGUCCAGUCUCCUUUGCUCUCACCAGAUUCCUCCGUCACAGCUUCCGAUUAUGGGACUGGAUCGUCAAAAGAUGGGAAAUCAACUUCAUUCCUCAAAACUACUACAACCCAAGGUCUCUCCCACUCUUUCAACCAGAGCUACACGACAGAGGUCCACUGGCAGGUACACAAGGCUAAACAAGCUCUCAACACCUCCAGUAUUGACACAUCCUUGGAGGACUUCGAAGGAUCGUCUGAUAAUGGCAACAAAGCAAGUGCUGGUGAGUGUAGCUAUGCCGCUACAGUCGACGAUAACUACGAUUACUAUGAUGACGUGUUUGAUAACGAUAACGUAAGCGACACUGAUAUGAGCAGCCGCGACACAGAAUCUACGUUGAAAACCACCAGCGAUACUGACAAGGAGGACAGAAGCCAAGAUUACGCGGCUUUAAGAGAAAUAGAUGGAAUAAAUGCGGAUCCCAGACUUAGUGUGAGUGGGAACUACUUUCAAGAAAGAUAUACCAUUGACUACAACCACUGUGGAUGGAGGGAACUUGAACUGUUUUUCAGGCAAGAUAAUCUUGAUGAAUCACAGGCAAGUAGUGAAACUCACUCCAUGACUAACGCAAUGAAAUCUAAAGGAAACCUGACAGUUAUUGAAACGACAGACAUUAGUGAAACAGAUGCCAGCGAAAUGGAUUUAUACGGAGCCGAAACGGAUAUAAGUGAGAAUGAAUUAGGCCAAGCAGAGUUUGCUAAUAAGAAAACAGAUCUUAAAGGCAUUUCCUCCUUAGAAAUAGAUUCAAGGAAAAAAGAGUGUGAUACAAGAGAACUAGAAAUCUCAAAUCGCUACGAAAUGUACGUUGAUAAGGAUUUCAAUACAGAAUUUGAUGAAACGGGCAUAGGAGAUAGAACAAAUAUCGACACAGAAAUAGAAGAUGCAGACGCAAUGAGAACAGACAUGGAAGAGGGUGACAUGGAAGUACCAGACACGGAGGAAACAGACACGGAAAUACCAGAUACUGAAGAAACAGACACAGACAGAGAAGAAAACGACUAUCCGUCCCUUACCUCCAACACAUAUGAAGACAAAGAUACGUGUAGCCGAACAAGUCUCUACUCCAACACGGAAUCAGCCAAGGAUGCUGAGGAUGACAGACCAAACGCUCAUGGAAGUCACAAUAAGCAAAUAAAAUCCAUCAAACCUUUCCACGGUGAGUUGGAGUUAGAGAAACCCGAGCAGCAAGUGCGGCCCAAGUGGCAGAAAUCGCCAGCAAAACAAGAAGUAGAAUCUCCGGAUCGCGAGAAGAAAUGCCAGACAUCUCGGCGCUUUUGGUCACGAUCGACCACCGGCGAUAGGGAAUUAACUGUCCACCUGAGGCGCCUACCAGAGACACCGUCAUCAAGAGAGUCAACAUCCCUGGAACGCGAUUCCACGUCCCUCAGAAGCGAAUCGACGUCGAUGUGGGAAUCGGCGACGCAUCCGACGACGCGGGAGCUGACGUCAGCGAUGCGGGAGAUAUCGGUGAUGCGAUCGCGGUUGGCCAACUUGCGUAAGAUCAUCCACGACAAGAACGAGGAGAUCAGAGAGCUCAAGUUUCGCAUGAAAGUCGAGAAGACCAAUGCGAGAUCCCGCGAGCUGGUGAUGCAGAGAGAGAAACAGAUCAAGAAGGGUAUCGAGGUAGUUUCGUCAGCGGAGCUGUCUCACCUUCGUCGCGAGCUGACUGCUCUUCGUCAGGAAAAAGAUCGCCUUAGGGCCGAGCUAGCGACGAAGGCGGCGGUGGAAAGAGAUCGGGCAGUGGAGCUGCGGAAAAUGAAGCAGGAACACGAAAGGAAACUGAAGAUGGUGAGGCUGGAGGCGCGGAGGGAGGAGGUGAGAGAGAACCAUGAACUCUCACACCUUCAGAAGACCAUCAUGGCCAAAGAUAAGGAACUCCGUGAGAGACAGCAGACCAUCCACAAGCUGGAGUGUGAGAAGCUGUAUCUUGGAGAAGAGAUUUAUCGCAUCACUGGCGUCGAAGAAGCCUUCUGGUCAGACCAUACACUGGUGAGUGACUUCUGCUUCCAAGAAAUCUAACCCUCAUCAUUAUCC